AUGAACGGUGAAGAGUGGUUGCAAAAUCGCCGAAUAGCAAAUAAGCAUUUAUUAAGAGAUGAUGCUGAAAGAUUGAUACGUUCAGCAAUUGUUGAAAGUGUGGAAAAGUUUAUAUUACAAUUAAAAGCAGAAUGCAGCAAAGAAUCUCAGGUUAAAGAUAUGGAAUCGAAACUUUAUAAACUUUCUACAAGUGUGAUUAUUGGCGUGCUAUUGGGAAAAAAUACAUUAAAAAAUAGUCGACACCAUGAAGAAUUGUUACAAAUAUUUGCAGCCUCUGUUAAAAAAAUAUUUCAAGUCACCACAAAAUUAUACGUUUGGCCUGUGGAUUGGUGCCAACGAUUAAAUUUAAAAGUGUGGAGAGACUUUAAAGAAUGUGUCGACUUAUCACUCUUGUUAGCAAAUAAAAUGGCAAGUGAAAUGAUAAGAAAUGGAGACAAAAGUGACGGACUAAUAAACAAAUUAGUUGGUGAAAACAUAAAAAAUGAAGAUAUAGUAAGGAUAAUCGCGGAUUUUAUUAUUGCUGCUGGUGAUACGACUGCAUACACGACGCUUUGGAUUCUUCUUUUAUUAUGUAAAAAUAAAAAUGUUGUUUAUGAUAUUCGAUCAAAGGAAGAUGAUUAUGUUAAGUUUGUUGUGAAAGAGGGAAUGAGAUUAUAUCCAGUAGCACCAUUUUUAACGAGAAUAUUACCAGAAAAUACUUUUUUAGGAAAAUAUGAAGUUAAUAAACAGACUCCAAUUAUAGCUUCAAUAUAUACAACAGGGCGAGAUGAACAGUAUUUUUCCCAUGCACAAUCAUUUCUUCCUUACCGUUGGGAUAGGAAUGAUUCUCGUAAAGCGAAGCUUGCGAAUCAUGUUCCUUCAGCUUCUCUUCCCUUUGCUAUGGGAGCUAGAUCUUGUGUAGGAAAAAAAAUAGCCAUGAUACAACUUAUAGAGGUUAUAAGCCAGAUUGUGAAAAAUUUUAACUUCCAGUGCAAUAAUAAAGAGAAUAUAAAUUCUAUCACUUCUCAAGUGCUAAUACCAGAUAAAUGUAUAGAGUUUUCUUUUACUGUAAGAAAUAAAAUUGAUCAUCUAAGCAUU